CGUAACGUACGGCAGAUCUCAAAGGAGUCUGUGGAUGGUUCUGUGGGUCAUGGAGGUGGAAGAUAAACAUUAGGAGCAUAAAGCGGCUGCGGUUCGAACGGUGCUAGAUUCAGACACGGCCCUCGGAGCAGAAGCUAGAGAGGACACCCGGGCCACAGAGGAGCGACUGCGGCAGCAGCAGCAGUAGCUGUCGGCGCUUUUACGUACUCUAGUGGGGUUUGCCUCUUCCUUCCGUUGCCAUGGCGAUGCGAGAAUUGGUGGAGGCCGAAUGUGGUGGAGCCAAUCCCCUCAUGAAGUUGGCCAGUCACAUGACCAAAGAAGAGGGGACAUGGCAGCACCGCACCAGCCCUGCAAUUCCACCAACUCCUAUUGAAAUUGCAACCGAACAAGAGUUGGUGAAUGAGUUCCUUCAGGCCCCGCCACGCCCCCCCACCACAUUUGACAUGGGUCAGCUAUUAGAGGAAAUGCAGCAGAUCGAUCAGCAAAGCUACAGACAAGCUCCACAGAGAGCUCCUGAUGUGGCCGCACUGGCCCUCUCUGGUGAUUGGGCUGCCGAGUUCCUCUCCAGUUCGGAUUCUGCCACCACACCGGGUCUCACCUCUCUUGGUGAUUCAGCAGAUUCUGAUUGGACCAGAGAAUUUAUUGCUGAGGCUGCAGACCCUGGACGCUGGGCAGAGGAGUAUCUAGAGCAGUCUGAGGAGAAACUGUGGCUCGGAGACCUUGGAGACAAGGAAAGUGAAUGGACUAAAGAGUAUCAGUCAGGAGAAGAGCUGAGGCAGACGGCAAAUGAACUUGUUGCAAAGGUCGAUGACCCCAAGUUAAAAAACACAGAGUUCCUGAAAUUCGUUAGGCAGAUUGGCGAGGGAAGUGUGACAGUGGAGAGCAGAGCAGACAAACAGCUCACAGAUAAAGCUCAGGCUGAGGAGGCUCAGAACUGGGCCUCCAACCUCAACCAGUUCCUGGUGGAGACGGGGGGAGGAAGUCUUCCCUUGGAACGGCAGGAGAUGAGUCAGAAGAUUGAGAAAGUUAAAGCUAAACAAGCAGAGCAGUGGGCCAAAGUCAUCAGGCAGGUUUCAGAGGAGUCGGCUGAAGCAUGGGUAGAUGAGUUCACAACAACAGGGCCGGAUUUUCAUCAAGCCAAAGCUGCAGUGGAGAGUGAUGUGGAUUUCUGGGAGAAGCUGCAGCAGGAGUGGGAGGAGAUGGCCAAGAGAGAUGCAGAGAGCCAUCCCUGGCUGUCUGACUUUGAUCAGUUACUCAGCUCUUCUUAUGACAAGGGUUAUCAAUUUGAAGAAGACAAUCCUUACCUGUCCCACCCAGACCCUUUGUCAGAGGGGGUUAAAAGGAUGGAGGCAGGGGACAUUCCUGGAGCCGUACGGUUCUUUGAAAGUGCGGUACAGAAGGAACCAGACAACCAGCUGGCUUGGCAAUAUCUGGGUACCUGUCAAGCAGAAAACGAGCAAGAGUUUGCUGCCAUCAGCGCCCUCCGCAGGUGUAUAGAUCUGAAAAAGGACAAUUUGACAGCACUGAUGGCGCUGGCUGUUAGCUUUACGAAUGAGUCGCUGCACAGGCAGGCCUGUGAGACUCUUCGUGACUGGUUAAAGCACAAUCCUAAAUAUCGCUCUGUGUGGGAGCAGCAUGAGCAUGAACGCCAAAAAGACGGUCCUGGAAACAGGGAGAAGGAGAGCGAGAGGUUCGGGUCCCUUUUGCCAGAGUCGCUAUUUACUGAUGUUCAGUCCAUGUUCCUGCGUGCAGCCAAUGCAGACCCCACCCAGGUGGACCCACAGCUGCAGUGUGGCUUAGGAGUCCUCUUUAACCUCAGUGGAGAAUAUGACAAAGCGGUGGACUGCUUUAGUGCUGCCCUCUCCGUCACUCCCCAGGAUUAUCUGUUGUGGAAUAAACUGGGAGCCACUUUAGCUAACGGAAGCCGAUCAGAAGAGGCUGUGGCUGCUUACAGGAGAGCUCUGGAACUUCAGCCAGGUUUUGUCCGCAGUCGCUAUAAUUUGGGAAUCAGCUGUGUUAACUUAGGUGCCCACAGAGAGGCUGUGGAGCACUUCCUGGAAGCUCUGUCUCUGCAGCGGCAGGCUGCGGGUGACGGUGUGAGAGCUCCGCAGGGCCCUGGAGGUAUCACAGGAACAGUGAUGUCUGACAACAUCUGGUCAACCCUGCGCAUGGCUCUCAGCAUGAUGGGCGAGAGCUCUCUGUACGCAGCAGCUGACCGGCGAGACUUGGAUAUGCUGCUGGCUCAUUUCAGCCAGAGGGACGCUGAUGGUGGGACGGAAUGAGGACCAGUCAGGGGAGGGUUCAUCAAGUGUGAAUGUGCUUUGCUGGGAGAUAAAUGUUUGGAUGACUGAAUAAAAAUGCUGAAACCUAAUGGUUUGAUGUAAAGAAACAUGCCAGAGGAAGACACUGUGAUAUCCACUGUGCUAGACACUAUUUUUAUCAUGUGGUUAUUUGUGUAGAUGACCAUGUUUACCAGGUUUGCAGUAUUUGUCAGUGGGUGGAGGGAAGCAGCAAGCGAGAGUUUGUAUGAACAAUUGAGGUGCAGUAAUACUAAACCUUUGGAAGAUAAAAUAGGCAAACGCAUGAGUAAUUUCCUUGUUUUCUGUAGUAAGUGGCGCCAAGUCAGACUGUGCUCACUCUGGCACGUGUGCAGACGACGGUACACGGGUGAUGCAGCGCUAAAAACAAGAGCAGCUUCAAGUCAAAUGAUUUAGACUACAAAUUUAUUUUAAUUUAAAUUAAAUUUUCUUUGAUAAUUUUUCUGCCAUCACCAUAUCUAGAAUACCAGCAGGACUGUUACUUGUAUUAUGUUAUGGUUGCUUGGGAGGGGGCAUUUAGUUUGGGGGAGGGUACCUUUAAAUUGCCCUCUUUCCUGUAUUUUCUCUUGUAAAACAAAUUUUGUUUCAUUGUAAAUAGCUGCAUAUGCCAUAAUGUUGAUUGUAAUAUAAUGGUGCACUACAAUUGUGUUCAGGCUGCUUGUACCCUGACUGCAAGGUUUUAAUAUAAUAUUCGGCAAUAAAGCUUUGAUUGCAGAUA